GAAAAAAUGUUCAAAAUGACAGUUCUACUUCAAGCUCUCGUAAUCUGCAUGACCUGUAUAUCUUUGCAGUUUAUAGGUACAGUCAACACGCUCAAGUCUCUUCAGAUUCACGUACCAAAAGCUGUUCUCACUGGUCGGGAUGCCGCACUAAUGUGUACUUAUGAGUUGGAAGGCGCUCAACUUUACUCAAUACGUUGGUACAGAAAUAUGAUCGAGUUCUACCGAUACGUACCAAAGGAAUCGCCGGCCACUAAAGUCUUUCCCGUUGCAGAAAUCAAAGUCGACGUUGCAGCAUCCGAUCAGAAUAGAGUAGUUCUAACAGAAGUAGACCGCACACUAACUGGGGAAUAUCAAUGUGAAGUGUCAGCCGAUGCACCGCUAUUCCAUACGGAUAUCAAGUCUGCGGAAAUGGUGGUAGUCGAGCCACCCUUGUUGAGUCCGAAUGUUACAUCAGAUAGGAUGACGUACAUAGGUGGUGACCAUAUUCGGGCGAAUUGUACGUCACCCCCAUCAUUACCAGCUGCGAAUAUCACGUGGUACGUCAAUGAACAAAUGGUCCCUAGCUUUACAGCGAAUCACGUUUUGAACUUCAGCAAUGGCUACGCCUCGAGCCUGUCCACUUUAGAAUUAGAAGCAGCAGUCUUAUCUCCAGUACCCACGCUUAUGAUACGAUGUGAAGCGUCUAUAUUCGACGUUUGGAAAGCAACAAGCCACACAAUAGUUCUCCGUGAACGAAAUACGAAUCCAGCUUCCGCUUUAGGCCGGAGUUUUACAGGAGCUGCAUCAAAAACGUGUUUGCCGACAAUUCUUGUUAUUUUAAUAUAUUUCUUUUUACAAUUUCUAGUAGAAAGUUACACCGAGACAUCAAUAAGAUAG